CGUGCGUGCGUGUUUGCGUGUGGUCAUAGUUCCCGCCAUCAGCCGCUUUCCCUAUUUGGGGGGGAGCGAGCAGGUUUGCUCUUUGGUCGGUGUUCCUUCCUUUUUUUUUACCUCCGACUCCUCCUCCUCCGCGCGAAAUCUGUUGCUUCCGGCAGGCUUGUCAGGGUGCUCUGGACCCUCAGGCACAGCUGAGUUGAUGGCUCCUGGAGAACUGGCAUAGCUGCAGAAUAUGAGUAGUUUCCCAAGAAGAGUGCGUUGCCUUUGGCACAAGGAUCAGAAUAAAGGUCCAUUAUUUCUACUGACUUAAAAUUGGCUGGAUUGGGUUAUGAUUUUUCACAUUUUACUUGCAACCUGUCAGGUGAAGGUGUAUUUUUGCUUUUUUAAUUUGGUUAGAAGCAAUUUAUUUUUAAAGAAAACAUGUCUCCUCUGAAGAUACAUGGACCUAUCAGAAUUCGAAGUAUGCAGACUGGGAUUACAAAGUGGAAAGAAGGAUCCUUUGAAAUUGUGGAAAAAGAGAAUAAAGUCAGCUUAGUAGUUCAUUACAAUACUGGAGGAAUUCCAAGGACAUUUCAGCUAAGUCAUAACAUUAAAAAUGUGGUGCUUCGACCCAGUGGAGCAAAGCAGAGCCGCCUAAUGUUAACUCUACAAGAUAAUAGUUUUUUGUCUAUUGACAAAGUACCAAGUAAGGAUGCAGAAGAAAUGAAGUUGUUUCUAGAUGCAGUCCAUCAAAACAGACUUCAUACAGCCAUGAAACCUCAGGGUUCUGGUAGUUUUGGAGCCGUUUUGGGUAGCAGGGUCUCACAGAAGGAAACCAACAGGCAACUUUCUUACUCGGAUAAUCAGGCCUCUUCAAAAAGAGGAAGUUUGGAAACUAAAGAUGAUAUUCCAUUUCGAAAAGUUCUUGGUAAUCCAGGUAGAGGAUCCAUUAAGACUGUAUCAGGAAGUGGAAUAACUGUUACCCGGACGAUUCCUUCUUUGACAGCUACAUCAACACCGCUUAGAUCAGGAUUAUUAGAAAACCGCACUGAAAAGAGGAAAAGAAUGCUUUCUGGCUCAGAGCUGAAUGAAGAUUACCCUAAGGAAAAUGAUUCUUCAUCGAACAACAAGACUAUGACAGAUCCCUCAAGAAAGUAUUUAACCAGCAGUAGAGAAAAGCAGUUGAGUUUGAAACAAUCUGAAGAAAAUCGGACAUCAGGCCUUUUACCUUUGCAGUCAUCGUCAUUUUAUGGAAGCAGAGCUGGAUCCAAGGACUACUCUUCUAGUGUCACUAACCUAGAUAGGAAUAAUGUUUCAAGCCAAACUCCUUCUGCCAAAAGAAGUUUGGGAUUUCUUCCUCAGCCAAUUCCUCUUUCUGUUAAAAAACUGAGGUGUAACCAGGAUUACACUGGCUGGAACAAACCAAGAGUGCCCCUUUCAUCUCACCAACACCAGCAGCUACAAGGAUUCUCCAAUUUGGGAAAUACAUGCUAUAUGAAUGCUAUUUUACAGUCUCUGUUUUCACUCCAGUCAUUUGCAAAUGACUUACUUAAACAAGGUAUCCCAUGGAAGAAAAUUCCACUUAAUGCACUUAUCAGGCGUUUUGCCCACUUGCUUGUUAAAAAAGAUAUCUGUAAUUCAGAGACCAAGAAAGAUUUACUCAAGAAGGUUAAAAAUGCCAUUUCAGCUACAGCAGAGAGAUUCUCUGGUUAUAUGCAGAAUGAUGCUCAUGAAUUUUUAAGUCAGUGUUUAGACCAACUGAAAGAGGAUAUGGAAAAAUUAAAUAAAACUUGGAAGACUGAAGCUAUUCCUGGAGAAGAAAAUUCACCAGAUAUUUCAGCUACCAGAGUAUACACUUGCCCUGUUAUUACUAAUUUGGAGUUUGAGGUUCAGCACUCCAUUAUUUGUAAAGCAUGUGGAGAGACUAUCCCCAAAAGAGAACAGUUUAAUGACCUCUCCAUCGACCUUCCUCGAAGGAAAAAGCCACUCCCUCCUCGUUCAAUUCAAGAUUCUCUUGAUCUUUUCUUUAGGGCAGAAGAACUUGAGUAUUCUUGUGAAAAAUGUGGUGGGAAGUGUGCCCUUGUCAGACACAAAUUUAAUAGGCUUCCCAGGGUCCUCAUUCUUCAUUUGAAACGAUAUAGCUUCAACGUGGCUCUCUCACUUAACAACAAGAUUGGGCAGCAAGUCAUCAUUCCAAGAUACCUGACCCUGUCAUCUCAUUGCACUGAAAAUACAAAACCACCUUUUACUCUUGGCUGGAGUGCACAUACGACAAUUUCUAGACCAUUGAAAGCCUCUCAAAUGGUGAAUUCCUGCAUCACCAGCCCUUCUACACCUUCAAAGAAAUUCACCUUUAAAUCCAAGAGCUCCUUGGCUUUAUGCACUGAUUCAGACAGUGAAGAUGAGCUAAAACGCUCUGUGGCUGUCAGCCAGCGACUUUGUGAAAUGUCAGGCAAUGAACAGCAACAGGAAGACCUGGAGAAAGAUUCGAAACUAUCCAGAGCGGAGUCUGAGAAGUCUGAAUUUGACAGAAUAAGUGAAGAAGAGCUUCUAGCAGCUGUCUUAGAGAUCAGUAAGAGAGAAACUUCACCAACCCUCAGUCAUGAAGAUGAUGAUAAACCAACCAGCAGCCCAGAUACAGGAUUUGCAGAAGAUGAUAUUCAAGAAAUGUCUGAAAAUCCAGGCACUGUGGAAGCUGAGAAGCCCAGAACAGUCACAGAGCCAGAUCCUGCCAGUUUUACUGAGAUAACAAAAGACUGUGAUGAGAAUAAAGAAAACAAAACUCCAGAAGGAUCUCAGGGAGAAGUUGAUUGGCUCCAGCAAUAUGAUAUAGAGCGUGAAAGGGAAGAACAAGAGCUUCAACAAGCAUUGGCCCAGAGCCUUCAGGAGCAAGAGGCUUGGGAACAGAAAGAAGAUGAUGACCUCAAAAGAGCUACCGAGUUGAGUCUUCAAGAGUUUAACAACUCUUUUCUGGAUGCAUUGGGCUCAGAUGAGGAUUCUGGAAAUGAGGAUGUUUUUGAUAUGGAAUACACAGAAGCUGAAGCUGAGGAACUGAAAAGAAAUGCUGAGACAGGGACUCUCCCUCAUUCCUAUCGGCUUAUUAGUGUCGUCAGUCACAUUGGCAGCACCUCUUCUUCAGGUCAUUACAUUAGUGAUGUGUAUGACAUUAAGAAGCAAACGUGGUUUACUUACAAUGACCUGGAAGUAUCUAAAAUCCAGGAGACUGCUGUGCAGACUGAUCGAGAUCGGAGCGGUUACAUCUUCUUUUAUAUGCACAAGGAGAUCUUUGAUGAGCUGCUAGAAACAGAAAAGAACUCUCAGGCAUUUAGCAUGGAAGUGGGGAAGACUGCCCGUCCAGCCUCGUGAGGAACAGUCUCCUGUGUUGGCAGUGUGCACUGCAUUUUCUCUCUCACUGCCACUGAUGUCACCUUUCCUCUGCCCAAGGAGAAUUUGGAAUUCUACUUGAUGCGGGAGCAACAAACAGCUCAGGGCCAAAACCAAAAGACAAAAUUGCAAUUAUGUGGAAUACUCCAUGCUAUUUUAUGGACACCUUGGUCUCAUCUGUAGCUGAUUAUCCUCUUUUUCUCCUACAAAAGUGGUACUUCAUUUUGUCUUAGGAGUACAUGUUGUGUGUAUGUAUGUGUGUGUGUAUAUAUAUACAUAUGUAUAUAUAUAUAUGUAUAUAUAUAUACAUACAAAAUGAAUGGAGGCUUAAGGAGUUGGGGUGAGCCACUAGAGUAUGCCUGCUCAAAAUUAACUUCAAGCUGUGCGUGGUGACGCACAACUGUAAUCCCAACACUUGGGAGGCUGAGGCAGGAGGAUCAGCACAAGUUUAAGGCCAGCCUGGGUUACAUAGUGAGUUCAAGGCCAACCUGAACUGUAUAGCGAGACCCUGUCUCAAAAAAUAAAACCAAAAAAAAAAAAAAUAAAAAAGAUGAACAGUGAGGAAGCUGGAAGAAGAAAUAAAAGUGUCAGAGUCCAUUCACCUGAAAAGUGUGUGAAGACAGAAAUCAGUUGGCUUUUUGUUUUUGUUCCUCAAGUAGCGUUAUUUAAAUCUGUGACCUUUUGUAUGUGUUUUUUACAAGUAAAAUUCACUGGAAAACCAGCUCUCUGUUACACUAAUGACAGUUUGUCAUCCUUGCAAGAGGCAUUUUUGUUGCCUGAGAAGCUUUUUGUUUCUUAAUCGUCUUCUAAGUUUCAUGAAUAUGUCAUGCCUUUGCUGUUUACAUGCAGUUUCCAAGAAAUGGAUUGUUGGUGCUUUAGAAUGUGUUGCAGUCCUAUCUUUGGUAUUCAUUGUAGACCUCACGUUUUUCUCUAUAGGGAUUCCUUCACACACUUGGUUCAUCCUAUUCAUCUGUAUUAUUGUGAUGGUGAAGUUAGAAUCUUUUAUUUUCUUCUGUAUUAUUCGUACUAUGAAGCAGGCACAACCCUAAUGUGUCAUAACUAAAACUUAAACAGGUAGAAAAAUAAUAUUGCUCCAACUGGGACUCCCCAGGAGAGAGGCUUAGGGAGAAGGAAGAACGCUAGUAUCUCUGCCUCUCCGGCAGAGAGAGGCCAAAAGGUGCACUGCUGUGUUACAGCUCCAACCCUGGACCGCUAAAGGCAAAAUCCUGCUGCACGUGUGAAAUGAAGUACAUGAGCUGUAGGGAAAAACUUGUGCAUUUAAUUAUUUACUGUCUGACUUUACCCUUAAGACAGGGUGAGAAUUAAAAUGUUACUGGUUUAGGUAAUCUCAAGAACUAACAAAAAACAGAAGUGCACCGUGUAUUUGUCAUUGGGUGCUCUGAGUAGAGGCUGAGUGGGGGUGCAGGAUCGAGUGCUGCCUUAAUCUCUUGGACAGCACACCCAGCUUGGGUCAGCAGCUUCACCAGCCAUGGAAAGGCUGAGCAUGAGGACAGGCUUCUGUGAGCCCAGGUGUUAGCAUCACACAGAGUUAAAUAUGGCAAAAUGAAACCUUCAUUUUCUUUUCUGUUUUUUCUUGCUUUUGUUGUAGACAAGGGGAUUACUCUUCAGUUCUGAGGUAAGAACAAAACACAUCAAGUUUUCAGGGGGAGAAAACAGUUAAAACUCAUCAUCCCAAAGAUAACAACAUAUUUUCUGGAAGAUUGCUUUCAGAGAGCUCCAGCCUCGCCCCGCUCUGGAAACUUGGUUGUGUUGUGACUUAAUCACCUAUUCUAAAUUUUGGACCUUUGAAUUGUAAAUGACCUCAGCACUUUUGCUUAACUACUGAUAAAUGCUUUGCCUCCUACCAUCUACCAGCACACAUUAUCAUAGUGAAUGUUCCAAAAUGGUACAGUGGUAGUUAUGCAGGAGUAGUUAGAGCAGAGGGAAAUAUUUUUUUGUUUGUUUUAAAAUUUUUAUUUUCUACCAGCAGCUUUGUUUUGUUUUCAAAUAUCAGUUUUCUCAUAAAUAAGUGCAGUGGUGAUUAAAUUCUUUAUUCUAUUCACUGUCUCUGCAUUUGAGAGCUCUAAGCUGUUAAAAAUGAUGGGGAGCAAUACAAAGUGAGGUUUGCAUUAAGACAUAGAGAAAAUCAAAAUAAUGCCAUAAACCUUGAUGGCCUCAUGAGCAGCUCGGGGGAGUUGCUUUCAUAGCUUGCAUGUGUGAACAGUUUAUUUUAUUUUUUUAUUUUUAUUUUUUUUGCGGUACUGGGGAUUGAACUUGGGACCUUGGGCUUGCGAGGCAGGCACAGUGCCACUGAGCUAAAUCCCCAGCCCACUGUGUGAACAGUUUAGAAGAACACUUGGCACAGAAAUCUGAUUUGGUUUGUCCUUCAUGUUUUGGGCAUAACUUGUUGAAAAUAGGUUACUAGAAUAUAUGAGUUACCUCACUGCUCCUCCUUGCAAAUUUGGGACUUGAAUUUUACUCUGUCCUUGUUGUGGCCUUGUGAAUCUUCCCCUUCUACCUUCCCUCCUUUAACAUACUCACUUGACUAUAAAUGGAGAUUUCAGCUAGACUAUAUUGAUAGGGGUUGGGAUUUAUGGGAGUUUUUGUUUUGUUUUGUUUUUUGGAGCUGGCUGUAUAUAUUUUUAAAUUAUAAAUAGAUAAUAUAUUAUUUUUUUGCACAGUGUGAUCAGUUUGCCCAUAGUUGGGGCUUGGGGGAGUUAGUGGGUUGGGGCCAGGAAGGGAGAAAUUAGAUGGAGACAGAGUACUUCAGUUCCAGAAAGUCUGCACAAUAAUGGACCUAUCAAAAAUACCAAAUAUGUAGUACAUUAUUUUAAGUGACUUUGAAUUGGAAUGUGGUAGUAAUUAGUUUUGGACACAACCUUUUGAUCUUAGUUGAAAUUUUUGGAACAGAAAAAUAAAAUGCAAACUUACUGAUUUUUGUCCCCUAAUAUUAUGGGGAAUCAGAAAGUUGCAUGUAGACAAAUGUCAUUAUCCUUUUAAUAGCCAAGACUAUAGGCCUGUGAAAAGAUAACUUUUGUAGGGAUAUAUAUAUAUUUUUUUUUGUAGGGAUAUAUUUAUAUGUAUGUACACGCUCAAGUUUUGUCUCAGCAGAAUGCAAUAAGCAAAUCCACCAAUUGAUCUAUUUAUAUUUGGAUUCCAAUGCUAUUUGUUUACUUGGUGUGCCCUGUUAAUGCCAGGGCUAACUUAAGUAGUUCAGCAGCAAAUAGAACAAAUGUAAAUGUGCUUACAUUUUAGGAAAUAUAUAGUGAUACUACAGAUCAGUUCAUUAAUUCCAGAUGCACAUAUUAACACAUUUCUUCCUUUUUCUCCAUGAUCAAGUGCAAAAUCCUCUAAGAAGCUUUAUGAUUUAGAACCUCUGCAAAAAAAAACUAUUCUUCCAUAUUGCAAUUAGAAAAAAAGUAAUUUGUAAGACUUGUGACCUGAAAAGUGUAUAUAUUAAACAAAUACAGUGUUAUCUGCUCUCUUUUUGGUCCUCUGAAAAUGACUAUGGCAAAUGACCUCAUUAUCCAACCCCCCCCCAUUUUAUGUAAUUGACCCCAGAGGUGGAUAUUUGCUUUAAAUCUGGGAAACACCUUGAGCUCCAAGUAUACAUGAAUCUUGUACAUACACAGAGGUUUUUAGAGAAGUCAGUAACCACGUACCAGAAGGAUGUCUCCUGAGUGUCCCGGUAAGAUGGAUAUGUACUUCUCCCCAUCUUGCUUUAUAUCCUGUAACACUCUUGCAAGUGUGUACAGAAACUAAUAGAUUUUUGCCCUCUAUCUUUCUAAUCCAUUUCUUCAAAAUUCUACUUUUGUCUCUUGAUAUGUAUUAUUAGUAACAUCUAAAAAUAUAUAUUUUAUUGGAAAACUAUAGUUUGUUAAGCCUUGAGGGUUUUGUGACAAUUAUUUUGUUGUUUCAUCACAAUGAUUGAUUCCUUUAUGGCAUGCUUUGACUACUAAACCAGGCAGUCUCUUUCGUUGUAUUUAUGCACAAUUAGUAAAUUGUUUCUUUUCCAUGUAUGCAAUAUGUCUGAGGUUUUGAAGUUUUAAUUAAAAGUGUGCCAGUAUGAAUAAGCAUUUAGUGGCCAGGCGUGGUGGUGCAUGCCUGUAAUCCCAGCACUUGGGAGGCUAAGGCAGGAGGAUCACCAUGAGUUCGAGGCCAACCUGGACUACAUAACGACGCUAUCUCAAGGGAAAAAAAUGUGUUUGAUUUUAGUGACACUGGACUAAGUAUAGAGGUUCGAAGUACAGGUGUGCCCACUGGCAUAAGAACAGAGUGGAUCAGGAUCUGCGGUUACCAGGUCAAAUGCCAGAACAAAGGAGCAAUCAGCCAAAUGGUCUGUUUCAGAAACAGCAUGAGGGAGACCACACAUGGGUGUGCAAACUCCUGUCCCCAGAUUUCCCUCCCUCUGAGUGCUUCCUCCCACCUCAGCUUCCCUGGGCUAUUGUUGGUUUCUUUACGGUUAAGGAGAGGAAAGCAGAAGUGAGGUUCCUACACUUGGUCUAACAAGCCACCCCCAGGUUCGCUGGCAGCUUUGGCCAUGUUAUUUUUGAGGUGGUUUUUAUUUUUUUUUUCUUUGUGUUUAUAGUGAUUUUUUAUUCUGAUUUUUGCUGUUUUGUAUGGAGCAGCACUUUGUCUGUGUUUUAGCAGAACUGUUCCUCUGGAUCCUUCGUGGUUUUUCCUUUUGUUUCCUUUAUAAAUUAUACAGAAUUUUUUUGUGUGAAAUUAAAACCUUUAUUAACC